AUGAAUGGGAAACAGCAAGUCACUAAGAAUCCGUCAACAGAAAACGAUCUCAGCUUCACGGUGGUUCCUGAUGUUGGUCUCAAAAACUCCCAAUUAGAGUUUGUCCUCGGGAUGCCAAUCAAUCAAUGCAUUUCGAUGAUGCAGCAACAUCCUAGAACCUUGACUCAUGUCGAAUUGAAAUACAGUAAAAAGGAUCCAUGCUAUCGUGAUAUCAUUAUCUAUAUUGGAUCCACUGGCAUCAAACUGUACUUCGAUGGACACUCGCAACUUAUCAAGUUGAUCGAAGUUGAUAAUCUGUCGAACAUCAGUCUCACCUACAAUGACACAAUUUUCUCGGAUCCGACAAACAUGGCUACGUUGGACAGAGUCAAUGAAUUCUUCGGAUCCACGCAUCCAGGAUCAUACGACGACAAACACAACAUCUAUGUACAGAGUUGGCCAGGACUAUCCUUCUGUUUCCCAACAGCAGCUGGAGAUAACUCCAAUUUGGAAGUCAGACCCGGAUUCGGUGGAAACCUUCGCUCGCUGAAAUAUGAUGCGAAUGCUCAACCAAAACUGACAAAAAUGUCGAUUUACCGAGGACAGAAUCCUUCUGAGCCAGAACAAGUCGAUACUCCAUUCUCCUGCUAUUGUGGUCAGAAUAGAACACGCAAGAUCGAAGCAAUCUGGGAAAACGGAAGCAUUGUAGGAAUUGAUAUCGAAUUCGAUACUCAAAAUGGAAGAAUCGUGGACGGCGAGUAUGAUGUAUCCACUUACAAGAGGCACAUCUACUUCGGAGAUUCGGUAGCUGACGUUCAAUCUGUUCUUGGAGCUCCUACUAAAGUUUUUUACAAGUCGGAUGAUAAGAUGAAAAUUCAUCGCGGUCUUCACAAGGAAACUCUUUACGGCCCACCAAACUUCUUCUUCAACUACUUCGUGAUGGGACUGUCGUUGCGGUCGGAUAUUCAUGUUUACACCUAUUCCCGAUCUUGCACCGAUCCGUCAUCCUGCUUUCCAACGAAAAAUCCAGUCAAUGUAGAAAAUUGCUCGUCAUUUUCAUAG